GGUUGGAGGCUGAGACACCGACAGCCCGUGUUGACUUAGCAUGCUAGCAGCUAGCGUUUAGAUGUGUUUGGAUGGUGUCUCAUUGACUGGUUUGACUGGAGAGCUCCACUCUAGCUAACCCCACCCUCCUCCUCCUCCACCUCCUCCACCGGGAUGGAGCUGUCUCAGAGGGACAGGCUGUCGGAGCUGGUGGAGCAGCUGACCACAUCAGGAGAACCGCAGCUCAACCAGGACAGGAUGAAGGAAAUCAAGAAGAUCUGCAAAGUGUCUAACGACUGCAUAGACCACGUGUACCACUCAGUGAUAUCUCAGCUCAACCAGGAACAUGCUGAGGUCCGACUGUCUGCCUUCCAGAUAGCCAGCGAGCUCUUCUCCAGAUCACACCACUUUAGAACACUCCUGGUGGACAACUUCCAGGAGUUCCUGGAGCUGACAGUAGAGACUGACUCAGAACAGCCCCUUCCCCCUCCUAAGGACGUGGCCAGGAAACUCCGGUCACUGGCCAUCCAGACUUUCCAUUCAUGGCAGGCCUCUUAUGGGGCAGCUUAUAAGAAGUUAGCACUGGGCUACCACUUUCUCAAACAGGUUAAGAAGGUGGACUUCCAGGAUGCUGAGGCCAGGACAGUAGCAGAGAGGAGGAGGGAGGAGGAGAGACAGAGGAAAAUGGAGAGAAUCUACAAGGAGAGAGUGGAAGCAGCCUCCAAAGACAUGGAGGACUCAAUCCAGGAAAUUGAGGACACAUUGACAGAGAUGGAAUCCUGCAUGAGCCUGCUUUUCCCCGAGUUUGACCUAGACAUCCAGACCACCCAUUGCAGCCCUCACAGCUCCAAACCAGCCGAUGAAGGUCCAUCAGCUGAGGAACAGCCCUGCUGCAGCAAAUACCUGAAGGAUGAAAGCAGAGAAGGAAUGAUGCAGAAGAAGGAAGAGAGCAGAGAAGAAAAGAAAAGCAAUUUGGAGGUACAGAAAGAAGAAGAAGAAGAAGAAGAAGAAGAAGAAGAAGAAGAGGAGAGUAGUGAAGAAGAGGAGGGGGAGUCUCUUGAUGAGAGCUUGUUUAUUCGGAACUCUGGGCUCAUCUCUCACGCCUACAGUCUGGACCUGAACCUCAAUCCUGAUCUUCGUGUGAAGGAGACGGAGGACAAUGAGGCGGUGGUUUCCACGGUGAAAGACCUCCAUAGACUCUUAACAAACAAACACCUACCAGCUGUGCAGGGCUGGGUCCAGGUCUUUACCAAGUCAGGUGCAGAACAGCAGCUGUUAAGGAGGGCGCUGGAUCUGAAAAGAUCUUUAGAAGCUACCCUGCAGAAACACCAAGAGCUUCACAUCGAUUAUAAGACCAGGGUCCGCAGAGUGAUGAAGGCUGCUUCAGACGGAGAGGAAGAUGAUGAUGAUGAUGAUGAUGAUGAUUUCGAUGAGGUUCCAGAGAAAGAGGGAUAUGAGCCGCACAUUCCACAGCAUCUAAGGGCCGAGUAUGGUUUGGAUCCAGCUCCUUCCACCUCAACAGCACCAAAAAAAGCUCCACCAGCUCUGUCUUCCUCAUCCUUUUCCUCUUCCUCCUCCCAGCGGCUGAAGCGACUAACAGAGGAGGAUCAGGAUCCAACAUGUGCAGCUGCCACACUGCGCCACUUCAAACAGAACCUCCCUCUGCCCGCACAAUCCAGCAUCAGCUCCUCAGGUCCCAGUUCAUCUCAGUCCAGCUCGGACCAGAAGGCUGUCGAUGCUCCUGUGGUUCCAUUUGGUUUGGACCUGUACUACUGGGGCCAGGAGCAGCCCAACGCUGGCAAGAUCGUCAAGAUGACCUCUCAGCAUCAGUUCUGGGUUCCCUUUGAUGUGGACGAGGAGGUGGAGAACAAGGAGCUCCUGGCAGAGAGCAGGAGUAGAUACAUCUCCUUCCCUGGGAGCUUCACUCCUGUCAACCAUUACUGCAGUGCUCCACUGGGCAACGGAAAGCUAUGUCAGAGACAGGACCGCCUUAAGUGUCCUUUCCAUGGUCUGAUCGUUCCCCGAGACCCGGAGGGGCGGCCCUGCAGGCCGGAGGACCGACUAAGGGAGGAGCAGGAAAAGUGGAGGAAGAAUGAGGAGCAGCCUGACUGGCGUGAUGCAGAGUUUAUGCGAGACAUCGAGGCGGCAACAGGGGAAGACCUGGGUUCCGACAGGAUCGGUAAAAAAGGGAAAGGGAGGAGGAAGAAGAAGAAGUACCCCAACCUCAGCGACCUGAAGCAGAGCGCCAACACGGCCCGCUCCAGGCUGGAGAAAAAAGUACUCAACAAGAGCAGCAUGCGCAGAGUAGCUGAGGUUAUGGCUAAAGCUGACAUGAGAAAACAUGACAAGUUCUCCAACCAGUUCAACUAUGCCCUCAAGUGACCUCCAUCCAGCUAGAUGCCUUCUGGACUGAACGCUGCUGUUAGACUUCAACUUUUUAAAAGAAGGACAGGUUUGAAUCAAUUGAUAUACACAAACAGUGAAUCAGAGAUAAACAUCAGUACAAUUUUAUUUAAAACAUUAUUUGAACACUAUGAUGUAGAAGGAUUUCACUGCUGUUUGAUAAAUAUUAAGGACAAAUGAACAUACAUAUUCUUGAGUGUGUUUUGCCUCUUUUGAACAUUUUUUUUGUACCAAUUCACCUUAAUAAAAAAAGCUAAGGAAAUGACAUGAUAAGUAAAAUCAUACACAAACAAAAGAGACACGGUUUGUUGCAUAUACCACCAUAUAUUAUUGUAAAUCAAAUCAAAUAAUUUCUGACCUGGUCGGCAUACAGCGAACAAAAGCUGUGAGGCUUCCCCUAAUACUCCAACACAAUAAACAAACUUAACAUUUACAAAUUAUACCAAAAGCCCAGUGACCCACAGUCCAAAAGUUCCUUAAUUCAACUUAAAUAGUCCAAAAAUAUAAAAAUCCCCAAGGUCAAACAUAAUAUGUGAAACAGGUGGAAGCGUGGCGAGACGCAGCUGUUCAGUAGUCUGGAGAACCCACGCUAUCUCCCCACCGUCCUUUUUUCUUGCAUUUGUCCAGCGAAGUUUCCUGAUUUAUAAUCCACAAGGUUCGACUCUGGUCCUUUGCUGGACAGCUGCCUGUAAAUCCGUACAAGUACAGCAAUUUAAACAUCCUAACAAAAAUAAACACAAACAUGCACCCCAUUCACAACUUCCGUACACCAAGAUAGACUUAGAGGAUCAUUACAACCAUACAUGUGCAGCUUUUGACACACUUGAUGAACCAGAAAUGAUCAAAUUGGCCAAAUUAUGCAGCUUAAUGUUACCUUUAUAUCAGCCAAAUCAAUUUCAUUCUGUAUAACUGACUGAAUACUCUUGUUUUUCCUACGAUUUUCGAGUUGAAUUUGUUGUCUGUAUUAGUAUUAUGUUAUUUGAACAUAACAAGCCACACAUUAAGAAAUGAACAUAAGGCAGGUUAAAAGGAUUUGUGCCAAAAAUAAACUGUAAAUCUCUUUCCUCCGCUUUUCUGAAUCCAGGGUUCAUUCAGCAAACAGACCCACAGCACCAUGUUGAUUGUGACUUUAAAUAAUUGAAACUUAAAGUAAAGGUUUUGUCGUACAUGGCUAUUCUUUCAGAUCGGAUCAUUAGAAUGGAUAUUUAGGCUUUGAAUUGAGUGAAUAUAACUGAUGUUCUGUUAGCUGUCCAUGGGUAAUCUUAUCACUGUAAGUUUAAUAGAGUGCCAUGGGGAUGCUGAUUAUUGUAAGCCAACCAGGAAGUAAGCGUCACACUGGUUCCCAGAGCAAAAAGCCAAUGGGAUUUUUCCAAUGGAUUUUGGAUUAUUACAGAACACAAGCUCUGUGGCAAACACAACUAUGUGUUUGGGAACUGCUCUAUGCUCCAUGAUAUAUUAUCCAUUGGCUUAGACAGCUUCAUGAUAUAUAAUGUAUUAGUGUUUAACGGCCAUGGAAGGAUUUUCCGGAUGCAAUGUUCCCACCAACGGCUAUGGUGGGAUUUUCCGUUAGUACGCAAUGUUCCUUAUAGGUCUGCUCAGGUGCCCGAUGCAUGUGCAGCGCAUUCACGCACCUCACGAGGGGUCCUUACAUGCACCAGGACCCAUGAGCUGGUCGCUCUCCACCUAUAAAUUGGUUCGAUACCCGGCUUCGGCAGUCGAUGUGUCCUUGGGCAAGACACUUAACUCCAAGUUGCUCCUGAAGGCUUGCCAUCGGUGUGGACUGGAUGAUGAAUGUUAGUUAGAGUCUGAUGGUGGCACCUUGCAUGGUAGCCUGUCAUCAGUGUGUGAAUGGGUGAAUGAUAUGUAAUAUACUACUGACUGUAAGUCGCUUUGGAUAAAAGCGUCUGCUAAAUGACUGUAAUGUAAUGUAAUGUAAUGUAAUAAAUAGAGAUGCAGCAUCGGGAACUUAGACUUGGAGUUGGAAUUAGAGUUGGUUGGUGAGAAGUGACAGUUGGAGUUAGAGAACGAUCUCCGUACUUUGGGACUUUGCUCACUUAAAUGAGAAACCACUGAAAGAUUUGUAAUCUUCUCCUUUGAUUUUUGCAAACUUUUUGUACUUUGUUAUAUACUGAAAACAACUUUUGUUUGGCUUCAAUAAACAAAGUGUAAGCUUCAAA